AUGAAACUUCAGCUUACAAUCAGUUUGGUUAUCUUGGCAGUUUGCUGCUUCGCCAAUGCCUACGAUGGCGACGGUCAGCCAGGUUGUAAAACGCAGGAAGAACUUGAUAUUGGUAUCUUCCGUGAUACUUGGGAUGCCACGUCCUACUGGAAGUGUGUCGAGCUCAACGAGCCUGCAGCCAAGAUGCGUUGCCCCAGUGAGAUGGCAUUUAUGGAUAGUGUUAAAGAUUGCGUGAUCUGGGAUGACUGGCAGUGGGAGAAACCGGUGGCACCACCAAGUGAGGUUGAUGAAUAAACGAGA